CGCUGUAGAGCGCCGUUGGUGUUCCCGUUUAUUCUCCCGCAGAACGAGCUCCUUUCCGAUGAGGCCGAACGAGGCGGCCGAGGCGUCCGCUUUGGCGGCGCGCCUGGAGGAGCUGAAGCGGCGGGCGGCCGAGUGCAUCGAGGCGUCGUCGGAGCGGCUGGCCGAGCUGAGCCGCGAGAUCUGGAGCCGGCCGGAGCUGGCUUACGAGGAGCGCCAGGCUCACGACGCCCUCGCCCGCUUCUUCGCCGGCCUCGCCUCGGGGUCCUCGCCGGCCGGCGCUUGGUUGGUGCAGCGCAGCUACAAGCUGGAGACGGCCUUGCGAGCGGACUGGCAGUGGGGCGGCGAGGGAAACGCCGCGGGUGCUGCUGCUCCUGCCGCCGCCGCCGAGGACGGGCAAAAGGCGCUCCUCCGUCUGGGCUUCUUGUGCGAGUACGACGCCCUGCCGGGCAUCGGCCACGCCUGCGGCCACAACCUCAUCGCCGAAGUGGGCGCCGCCGCCGCGCUGGGCCUGAAGGGCGCCCUGGAGAGCCUUCGCCCGAGCGGAUCCGCCGACGGACUCUCCCGCCACGUCCCCGCCGUCAAGGUCACCGUGUUGGGCACCCCUGCCGAAGAAGACGGAGGAGGCAAAAUCGACUUGAUCAAAGCCGGGGCUUUCGAUGGUCUGGACGUUGUUUUCAUGGCCCAUCCGUCCCAAGAAGAUGCAGCAUAUUUGCCCGAUGUAGCUGAACAUGAUGUGACUGUGAAAUACUAUGGAAAAGCUUCUCAUGCUGCUGCUUACCCUUGGGAAGGAGUAAAUGCAUUAGAUGCUGCUGUUCUUGCAUACAACAAUCUGUCAGUUUUAAGACAGCAAAUGAAACCAACAUGGAGAGUUCAUGGUAUAAUAAAGAAUGGAGGUGUGAAACCUAAUAUCAUUCCUUCUUAUGCUGAAUUAGAGUUUUACUUGCGUGCUCCUUCGUUAAAAGAACUUUCCAUCCUGACAGAAAAAGCAGAGAACUGCUUUAAAUCUGCAGCCCUGGCCACAGGGUGUGAAAUGGAAUUAAAAGGUGGUGCAAAUGAUUACUACAACGUGCUUCCCAACAAGAGCCUGGAAAAAGCUUACAUUGAGAAUGGGAAGAAACUUGGCAUGGAGUUCAUCCCAGAAGAUAACUUGACUGGGCUGUCAGGUUCUACUGAUUUUGGGAAUGUUACCUUUGUGGUUCCUGGGAUUCAUCCUUAUUUUUAUAUUGGCUCUGAUGCACUAAACCAUACUGAGCAGUACACAACAGCUGCAGGGUCAGAAGAAGCUCAGUUUUAUGCCUUGCGAACAGCGAAAGCUUUGGCAAUGACUGCUUUGGAUGUUAUUUUCAAGCCAGAUCUGCUGGAAAAGGUCAGAGAAGACUUCAGACUGGUGAAACUCAAAGAGGAAGGUUACUUGAAUAUCCCUGAAAAUGGAAAGGUGUCUGGUCUUGGUAUUGGAGCAGCAUGUGCAUCACGUUGAAAUAGUGCAGCAUAUUACAAAUUUAAACAAGAAAGAACGUCAAGAUUUUUUCCCCUUGGAAAUCUAGGAAAUGUUUAAUAGCAGGAAAGAUGCUUGAUAUUUUAAGUGGUGCAACUAAGCGACCUCAGAGUACUUUAAAAAUAUUGCUAUUUUCUGAUAUCAUGUAGUGGUCUUAAUUUGGCAGACAAAAUGAGUGAUUUCUCUGCAGUGAUUGAAAAUGUGCUGAAUAUUGCAGCUUUGCAUACUUUUGGAAAAACUUUUAAAAUGCUAUUUACUCUGGUUGGAAAGGAAUGUUGGGUUGUCUUCAUAGCAGCUGUUCUCUUGCCAAGGAAUAGUGAGAAGUGUUGCAUGUUUAUCUUAUUGUAUGCAGAACCAAAUGCAAUCCACCAGGACAGGCUUAAUAUGCUUCAUAAAUCUAUAUGUAUUUGAACUGAAGAUACCAAAGGUUAGGUGAUGGUUGUUCAAGAUGUGCCUAGACUUUCACAUUAGAAUGUUUUUGCACUCAGUAUCUCACGGUCUUUGGUAGCUCAACACUUGAACAUACCACACUUUCCUCUUUUGGCCAUCUAAAUUUUUCUAGAAGGACUAUCCUUGUAAUCACUUGAUGUUUCAUAGGUGGGCUCCUGACCUCUUGUUCUGUAGUUUCCAAACACUCUGUAUCCUUUAGUAGUUUUGUGCAUAGUAUAGAAUUAUACAGCAUACAGAUACACCAGAAGAAAAUAACUUGUAUGAAAAUGAGUGUCCAGGAAUAGCUUUUAAAAUGAAACCCAAAACUGAGUUUCUUGUGAAAAUUCUUCCUAUAUGACACUAAUUAAGCAAUCACAUUUAAGGAGAAGUUAAAGCAGUAGGUAGUGGGUUUUUGUUUUUUUAAGGGUACUGUACAGAAUCAAAAAAAUACUUGCGCAAACCUGGUAUAUGAACCCUGCUUUACUGUCUUAUUUAUGCAUAGCUGCAUUUUGAAAAUGAAUGGCUUCAGUCCAUUAAUGUAGCUGCUGUACAAAGUAGAUUGGUAGAAUGUAGAACUUGUUAUGUUUCAAAUUCAUAUUCCUUUCUGAAAUAGAAUUGUCUAUAAUUUUGUCAGUUUCACCACCAGUUACUCCCCAGGACCCAAGAUGUGUACAUUGAUUACACAGAUGAGUUGAGGAAAGGGUGAUGAAUCCUAUGGUUGUUAGAGUUGAUACCCAAGUAUUUUGGGUGAGCCUCAAAUGCAUUUGUAAAGGCUAAACGUUGCCAUUGUGAAUUGGGUCAGCAGUAGUGAACUAUUGGGGGGCUAGUAUGUUGUCCUUCAAGGCAGAGAAAAUAGAUGUGCUUUUUUCUUCUGCGGAACAAGCAAAAGAUGGUGAGAAUGUGCAUUCUUGGGGCCUUUGACAGGUAAAAGGUACCGUACUUCUGUAGGGGAGGAAUGUGGUCCUGUAUGGGUUGUCUCUGUCCCUCUCUCCACUGGCAGGAAGUAAAACUUUUUUAGAGAAUAUACCUGGGACAAUCUCCUAUCUGCAUUUCCUGCCAACUCCACUGCAGAUCCUUAGUCAGCAGCCCAAGGUAUGGCAAAAGAGAAGUGGCAGGAACUCCAUCUUGGAAGGGAUUUUCCUAUGUUCUUUGUUCCUUUUUCUUCUCCCUUUAACUAUUCCUACUGGAGUAGCUGGACCUGACAAAAUCAGGCAUUUGAGACAACUCACAAGUACUAACUAGGCUGUCUAGAUUAUUCUUUGCCUAUGAUAAGAUCAGCUGUCUUCUAAUCAAGCUGGUCUUUGUAUUUGGCAUAUGUUAAUCUACACACCAAAAUGGACUUGAAGUACAAUCCUUUGCAUAUCUAUGCAGAAGUGACUCCCAUUCAAUUCAAUGGGGUUUACUCCCAGGAAAAUGUUGCAGGAUUGUAGCCAUAAUUAUGUAAGACACCACUGCCUAAGCUGCAUUAGUGGUAUCAUAACACACCACUGCCUGUUACCUAAACUAAUAGUAGAUAAACAUAUCUUAUGCUGAAAGAAAACACUUAAUUUCCUAUCCUCUUAAGCAUAAUGUGAAAUUUCCUUUGUAAGUGUUGUAGGGAGCAAACUCUGCACAGAAUUUUGUGUUCUAGAACAAUAUAAAUGUUGUCUUAAUGCCCACUUGUUUGCCUAAACAAUAUUCUUUUUGAGGGUCAAAUACUUCCAAUAUUAUGUUAUUGUUUAUUCUUUUUGUCAUGCCUUUCUUCUCAAUUUUUACCUGUCAGUUGGUCCAGUAAAAAAGCUAUUCACAUUUUGCUGAGUCGGUUACAAAAGCUCUACUGGUUUAAGUGAAUAUAUUACAUUAUUUUUAUUCAUAAACAGAAAGAAUUGCAGCAAGUUUAGCAGAGCUUAAGGUAUAUGCAUUUCUACUGAAGCGCACACAUGCUCAAAUGCACAAAUCUAUCUAGGGAGAAACAGAGAUGUAUAUUUUGUACAUCACCUUUAGAAACUGUACUGAAGACUUAACAUUUUGAGCUCCACAUUUGAAUGUUGGAAUGUUUUGCAGAAAAUUAACAUCCAUUAGCAAGCACUGGAAGACAGUGUUAGGAAAUUAUUAACCACAGCACUUAUUUUUCCCCACCACCAGUGCUGUAAGAAGAGAAGCUGUUUUCUUUUUACCAACGUGCAGCUGUUUCCCCAAAUGUUGCACUGUCAUAACUUGCCAGGGAACAGAAAUCAUACACAAGUGAAUCAUGGGCUAGUUAGUAGACAUAGCAAAAUUUAAUAUGCAUAACUGUAUCAAACUUAUGCUGCAAUACUUUGAUCCUGUUAAGAGUUGGGUCAACUUCAAAAGAAAAUAAUCUUACCAUGCUGUAUUUAGUAUUUUAGCUUAUUUCAUCCAAUUAAACACAGUUUUUGCGAUAACUUAAUCUUUUCAGAAGAGGGAGAAAGGCUCUGGAAGGUUGUUUUCCCCUCUAGUAAGCAAGGGCAAGUUGUCCUCAGUGGGAUUUGGAGCUGAUCAGUACUUGGACUGAAAGGAUCAGUGUCUCUUAAGGUUCUUGUUAUGUCUCCUCAUUCAACUGUGUUAGCUUUGCUUGUGAAAACAUUAGUACCAAAGGUGAACUCGAUCUUUUGUUGAGCUCAGGGCUAUUUCUUCUCCAACCAUAUAGCUGUGCAAGUUGCUGCCUAAGCAGGGUGUGAGCAAGAUAGAUUGGCUGGCUUCUAUUUUCCUAGAGAAUGCUGCAUAUUUCUGAUAGUCUUUUAAAAACCUGGCAAAGACUCCUGUUAUAGCCUCAAAACUUGCUAAAAUUGUAAACUCAAAGGGUUGGAUCCAGGCGUGCCACUUGACAUGAACAGUCUGGAACUAACCCAAAGGUUGCAAGUCAGCAUGGUUAAUGUUGUUAUGGACCCAUUGGUCUUGGAUUGUUGCUCUGAGUGUUCUGUAAUGAAAACUUGCUUAGAUGGCAACUGCUGAACAGUGUCAUGGGCAUUAUUUCAAUAUUUUGCUUACUAUUCCAAACUUGAUUCCUUAGCAGAGGCCUACUUUGCAAGGAGAUUUUGGCUGAUACUUAUGCAGUGUUUUUGUGGUAGAUGCCAUCCCAACCAAACUGUAUUCCUUAUCUGAACAAGAAAGAAAAGAGGAAAAUUGAUUUAUUGUGAGUUCCUGUGUUUCUUGUAUGGUUUUUAAUAUCACAGUUUUAAUUUGUUUUUUUAUAUAUGCAUAAAUGUUAUUUGACAGAUCAAACAGCUGGAAUCUUGCUACUGUCAUGGGAGAGUACAAAUUACCUUUUUCUGUUUACAAAGCACAAUCCAGUGAGAAAAAACAAUCAAGCUGUAAGCCACAUGGAUUGCGUAGCUGUUUAAUUGCACAGCAGUUGUUUUAAAGCUGGAGUGUCAGGAAAAGAUUUGGUUUCAGCAUAAGGUUACCUGGGUUUCCGGCCACACCCAUGAUCAUUGGCAGUUGUUCUUCAUACCCCUCUGGGGGCUGCGAGGAAGUUCAGGCAGGGGAAAGAGAGGAUUCAUGCAAUUGUAUUAAAUUAUAGUAAUUUGGUUUGAUUUGUAAUAAUUUGGAAAAUAAAAAUAAUAAUAAGAUAAACAUAAGGCUACCUGGAACCAUUUAUGCAGCCGCCCUCUCAUUUAAAAAGGGUCUUAUUGAAUGUGAGGCUGUCUAUGCGCAGCAUUGCCAUGCCAUGCCAUGCCAGCAACCAAUGAUCAGAGAGGAAGUGCUUUGCAUAGGCCUCUUGCACAGACGGUUGCUGCAUGGAGUACCUGUAGGGAUACACUAUUUCCAUGUAACCAUGUGGCAUGUUGAAAUUGUGGGUUAGAGACUGUAUCUGAGGUGGUUGACCUUUCUGUCUUUUCUUUGUAAGAUCAGACGGGUUGGUGUUUGAUUUCUUUUGUGUGCAUGUGAGUUGCUAAGGCAGUAAGUCCCAUUGGUUUAUAAUUUCAGAACGUCUUGUCCAAUAACGUUAGUUUUGUUAGUGCGCCAGUGCUUAUUUCUGUUAAUAACGCUGAGGCUUUCUUUACAGUUCUGAUUCUUGUCUAGUACCAUAGUUAUGCAGUGAUUCUGCAUGCCAGGUUGGACAAACUUUUUGCCAAGUAAGCCAUAAGUAAAGUCUGAAGCGUGAGUGCCAUUUUUGUAUACUUCACAGGACAUAUACUGCUACCCCUUACUAGGAGGUGGCUUUUCGUCUAAUGUACCAAACUAGAUAGUGUGCGCUUCAUCACUAGUGCCAUUUGUGGCCUCUUACACAAUACAUUGCUAAGUCCUAGGGUUUUGCACUUUUGCUGUAACCUGAAUUAACAAGAAAAAGCAACUUUUUCACUGCUUCCUUAAAUAGAAUGCAACUUUACAGUAGACAACAGUUUUUCUUGGAUCUUAAGUAGGACAAGGACACCAGACAAACGUUUUAGUCAACAUUACUUUUAGGCUGCAAAGCUGUUGUAAAGGCAUAUUUGCUUUUUAGUGUCUUGGCUAUUGCUGCUGCACCAAAUCUUGUAUGCUGUUGAAUCUGUAUAUUCAGUUUUGAAGAAUGAAGAGCCUGCAACAGCAGGUUGGUAAAAAUGUAUAUGUAGCUUGGAUGGUGAAUUUACUUGAACAAAUGUAACAGCAAACAUGCACAAGUAUAUUUCAAGAGUUGGUGGGUUUCCUUUUUUUAUACCUUCUAAAGGUUUAUCUUUGCGGGUGUAAUGUUUUGCAGUGAAAUCAGGUAUUUGAGGAAAAGAUACAUUCAGGGGCUGAAGCAGCUUCCUGUGCCAUCUGUACACAGAAUGUUUCGUUUGAAUAAAAACUUGAGCUACAUUAUAAACUAUUGAUAUAAAAGUACUUUUGCUAUACGUGUUUUAUCAUUUUCUAGUGAGCCACUGUUGAUGCUAUCACUUGGUUUUGUACAUUCAGCUUUCUUGGUAUGCUGUGUGUAAGUACAUUCUGGAUUGUAAGAAUAAAAUUGACUUGCACAUUA